UGCAGGAGCCCUGGGAUUUUUUUUUUCAGGAAUAUGCACUUAUAGCCCCUGACUUCAAUAAAUUGAAAAUGGCAGCCUACAAAGAAAUGCUGGUGUUUGCAGCACUCUUUACCUUCCAGGGACUGACCCAAUGUGAAAAGUUGCCAAGUUUUGAUCUGCUGGAGGAGUUUCGUGUGCCUGAGUCGAGAGGAGUGAGGAGAGUGGACGGCUCUCAACCUGAGGCGGUGGCCUACCGUGUCAACCCCUCCAUCCAUCUACGGAGGACCAUGAGCGAUGUGUAUCCAGAUGGACUCCCCUCCGACUACUCCGUCAUUGCAACAUUUAAGGUGACCAAGGACACGGUCAAGACAUCCUGGGACCUGUGGCAGGUCAGCGACCCCGAGGGACGAGAGCAAGUCGGACUGCGUUUCCAGGGGGAUACGCGUUCUCUAGACUUCUUCUACACCAGCCCCCAUGGGAGCCAGAUGCUGAGGACCUUCAAUGGUGUAGAAAAGAUGUUUGACGGGGAGUGGCAUAAGUUGGCGCUGAGUGUGAAGGGCAGCCGGGUAAAGCUGCUGAUAGACUGCGAAGAGAUCAGUGUGGAGGCCAUUGACGAGCGCAGGCCAGUCAUCCACCGAGGGUACACCUCCAUCGUCAAGCGGGCUGCAGGAGAUCGCUCUGUGUCUGUGGACCUCCAGCAGAUGGAGGUGUCAUGUGACCCAGAGAAGGCUUAUUCAGAGGGCUGCUGCGAGCUCUCCAGUGUGUGUGGAGGGUACGCAGAGAUCGGCCUAACAGCUGGAAGAGCGUCCUGCAAAUGUAUGCACGGACAACCCGGCAUCCAGGGAUCUCCAGGGCCAAAGGGUCACAUAGGCCUUCCAGGAAAAGCCGGAGACGAAGGACGACAAGGAAACUGGGGGAUCCGGGGAAACACAGGAGAUUAUGGCAACAUUGGCGAAACAGGCCCAAAGGGUGAAGAAGGAAUCAAUGGCGAGAAAGGAAUGAGAGGACUCUGGGGCCAAGUGGGAGACAGAGGUCCUAAAGGGCUGAAAGGAUUAAGAGGGGCAGCGGGCUUCAAGGGAGUUCGUGGAUCAUCUGGAGACCUUGGAGAGACUGGGAAACUAGGAGAAGUUGGUGCUAAAGGCGGAAAAGGAUAUGAAGGCAUUCCCGGGUUUGAAGGAGUUAAGGGAGCAAAAGGGAAGACUGGUGUAGCAGGUCGUGCUGGGCCCAGAGGAAAGCAGGGCAUUUUGGGAGAUCCUGGAGAGAGGGGAGCUGCUGGAGAAAAGGGGACAUCUGGGGUCCAGGGCCCAGGGGGCAGAGCUGGCCCCAUCGGACCGAAGGGCAUUCUUGGAGAUCCGGGCAUGCAAGGCAGAGAUGGAGAUUUAGGAGUAGAGGCUUACCAAGGACCACAAGGUCUCAGUGGAAAACUUGGGCGCAUUGGAGCAAAGGGAGAGAAAGGCACCCUUGGGUCAGCAGGAGAAAUGGGUCCCCAGGGCCGAACUGGCCCAAGAGGUUACAAGGGUUCUGCAGGAAAGCCAGGAAGACCCGGAUUUAUCGGCCCACCGGGACCUACUGGACACGUGGGUGUGCCUGGAAAACCAGGGUCCAAGGGUGACACAGGAAUCCAGGGAAUCCAAGGAGUUAAAGGUGGACAGGGGGAAAAAGGAGUUAGGGGCCCAAAAGGAAAGGUUGGAGACAGGGGCGUGCAGGGUCUUCAGGGAGGACGGGGGAAGCGUGGCCCGGCCGGCCCACUUGGACGAUCUGGUCCCGUCGGAGACAAGGGGGUUCGAGGUGAAGGAGGACCAGAUGGCUUCCAGGGGCCCCAGGGUCCACCGGGCCCGACCCUCUCUGCUCAACACGUGAUCGAGGUUUGUAAGAAAGUAGUCCUGGAACAGAUGUCCACCUUUGCCAACUCAGUGAAGAGGACGUGUGCUGCAGUAUGUCCACUGUAUGGGGACGUGCCCAUGGGUGCCCCCGGUCCCACCGGACAGAAAGGACCCCCCGGACCUUCUGGAGAUCCUGGUAAUGAUGGUGUUAAUGGAGAAUUGGGUCUGCCUGGAUUCUACGGAGAAGACGGGGAACUUGGCCGAAAAGGACAAACAGGUGACAGAGGAGAGCAAGGUGAUAAAGGACCAAAGGGUUACGGCCUACCUGGCUACUUUGGAGACCAGGGAGCAAAGGGUCAGCGUGGACGUCCUGGCAGAGCUUUUAACGGCCAGGCGGGGAAGCAGGGGGAGAGGGGACACGUGGGCCGACCUGGACUCAGGGGCCACGCAGGUCUCAGAGGACCUCCAGGUGUUUGUCUCACCUCUGGGUGUGCUGAGUCCACCAGCGGGACACCUCAGCCUGCACCACGGAGGUUGAGGAAUCGCCAGUUUGAAAUCCAGAAACUUCGCAUUUACUGCGACCCCGAGCAGAAUAACCGGGAGACUGCAUGUGAAAUACCUGGAGUUUGCGCCAACAGUCCCGAUUACACUGAACCAACUCAAGAGCCUUGUGUUUGUCCUCCGGGAUCCCCUGGACAACCAGGGAUAAAGGGAGAACAAGGAAACUCUGGCAAACCUGGUCAGUCUGGACCUGCUGGUGCUGAUGGUAAGCCUGGUAUCCCUGGCAUUAGAGGAAGUCCAGGACUGCUAGGUCCACCAGGAGUAGAGGGUCCACGCGGGUCAGAUGGGUACAAAGGCGAACAAGGGAGGCCUGGUGUUUCGGGUGAGAGGGGUGUGUCUGGAUUACAAGGAUUGCCUGGACAACACGGAGAGAAGGGCUCAAUAGGAUCUACAGGAAUUGCAGGGUUACCGGGAAAAGCUGGCCAUGUGGGAGAAAAGGGAAGUUUGGGACCUCCUGGGCCACCAGGUUAUUCAGGAGAACCUGGCCUACCUGGGAGAGAUGGAAAGGUUGGAUUUCCAGGGAGACUUGGUCAAAAGGGAGAAGCUGGAACUGGUGGUAUUCCUGGUGUUGAUGGAAGGGGAGGCCAUCCCGGUAUGCCUGGGCUGCCAGGAAACGGAGGCCUGAAUGGACAAAAGGGGGAAGCCGGUUUGACUGGAUCCAGGGGCUUCCCAGGAUCGCUUGGACCACAUGGUGAAAUGGGUUUACCUGGUGCACCUGGAUCAAAAGGAUCAAUCGGACUCAAGGGAAAUAAGGGCGAAACUGGAAGUCAAGGUAUACAAGGAACACCAGGGCCCGCGGGGAGUGCAGGAGAAGAAGGAACAGCAGGUCAGCCGGGACACCCGGGCAUGCCAGGUCUGCAGGGCGGGAAGGGACAAAGAGGAAAUCCAGGUGAAAAAGGAGAGACGGGAAUGACAGGUGAAAAAGGAGGGCAUGGUCAUCCAGGGGAACACGGCUCCUCUGGUCCAGUGGGACUAAAAGGAGAGAAAGGGACAGCAGGGGAUUCGGGGCAGAGAGGCCAAGAAGGUCACGUAGGACGGCCCGGACAGUCGGGUCAGUCAGGCCCACCUGGCCCCAGAGGGCUGCUGGGGGACAGUGGUCCAGCUGGCCCACCUGGGCCUGAAGGAAGAUCUGCAAGUCAAAUGUCAGACAAUAACAUUCGUCAAAUCUGCAGAGAGAUUCUUCAGUCUGAGCUGCCUUUAUUGUUGCUGAGCAACCAGCAGAGUAGCUGUACCAGAUGUCAAAACCGGCCUGGAUCUCCUGGUCCUCCAGGUCCAACUGGGCUCCAGGGACUCCGGGGUCCUUCUGGACUUGGUGGCUCCAGGGGACAGCCAGGUCGCCCUGGUCGACCAGGGCACUCUGGUGUUAAUGGGCUGAAAGGAGAACCAGGUUUUACGGGUGAGAAGGGGAUCCCUGGUCGAACCACCAUUGGAGACCAAGGGCCACCGGGGCCUCUAGGUCCAAUGGGUCCCCAGGGGUACAGUAAGCCAGGUCCUCCAGGUAAGCCUGGAUCCCCUGGUCUAAAUGGAGCAGAGGGUAAAAGUGGUAAUACUGGCAUCCCUGGUCAGUCUGGGGUGUGUGAUCCAUCCAUGUGCUACGGUAGCAUGAUGAGGCGGGAUCCUUACAGCAAAGGGCCAAACUAUUGACGUAAUGCAGCAUCACUCCAGGCACCAGUCUCGAGCUGAUGUGGAACAAACAGCCAUUCUCAGGAAGAUCUCAUCUUUACAGUUUCUCUCUGACGUGGAAACAAAAUGGACUUCGUCCAUCACAAAUCACGUGAUCUCAGACAGUCAACAGAACUAGAUUCUAUCACAUUUUCUCUGUUUUAUAAUUCAACGCCCUCAAACAUGCUUUGAGGUUUGAAAGGUGUUAAGAUAAUUAAUAAUUGGCUCCAUUUAAUACCUCUCGUCUGAGCACCAUGAACUUCAUGUCUGUCUGAAUCUGUCUCUGGGCAGUGUGGCGGGUGCAUUUUGCCAUAUUGUCCCCUGGUGUUGCUUCGUUGCAUGUCACGCUCUAAAUCUUCACUACACAUUGGAUAUGGUGCUAUAUCUUCCGUUGAUUUCCUGUAGCUGAGUAUGAGCUGCUGUAAGCCUGUGUUCCUAAAGCAUUCAGUUUGACUGUUAAGCACUUAACUCUUUAUGAAAACCUUUUUCAACAGCUAAUAUUGUGUAUCAACCAUGGUGACUGAAUACUUUCCCCCAUAUCACAAUACCCUGUCCUUUUAUUCCAAUUAGGAAGUAAAAUGUUUAAAGUUUUACCAUCAAAAAGCAUGCUGACAUUUUAUUUUGAAAUUUGAUGUCAUUUAUGUUCCCGAAGCUUACCUUUCAUUACUGUAGCAGGUAUUUUAUUGUUAUUUAUAAAAUAGUCGUAACUGUGUAUUUCAGCAGUGACAUGUCUUAAACAGCUUUUGUAAUUUUAUUAUUUUGUGUUACGGUGACUUUUGUAUGAAACCUUUUCUAGAAUUAAAACAUCCUAAUGAUU